UAUCAUUUUAACAUUGACUCUACCUCAAUAUUAACAAACAAAAAACUACACAAAAUGCUAAUUAAAUAAAUGAGCCUAUUAAUAGUAGAUAAUAGAACGUAAUAAGAUUUAAUUAACGAAACAGAAGUCACACAAUUAAUAAUUGUUAAAUGUAAAAUAUGAUAAUUAUUCACACACAAGUGGUAGGGUGCCAAAAUUAAUGAUAAAUAUGCGUAAGAAUAUGUUUUAUUUAAAUACACACAUCAAAAAAAGCUCUGUAUUACUUCAGUUUAAAGAGUUCUGGAACUUUUAUAUACAAAUGGAAUAGAGAUCAACACAAACAACAUUUCAGCUCUUUUUAUUGCUCAUGAAAACCACAUCUAUGAACAGUCAAGGUCUACGUUCAGGAAAUCUUGGAACCGAUGCAAAACUUUGGUUGAUAUGUGUAUUAAAAAACUUUUAAUUCAUUGUUAAUCUAACUAAUACGAAUUCCGAACCUAAUAUUUGUUAAUUAGUAAAAUAAUAACAUUUAAUUGUCAACGAGAACUAUAUUUUUUAAUGUAACAAUACAGAAACACAGUUUAGUAAGAACCCUUAUGAAAAAAAAAAGGAAUUUAGUAGUGAAUGUUAAAAUAGGAUUAAUUUUUGGUACUUAAGAAAUUACAAGGAGACAAUUUAAACAAAUGAAGUAAUAUCAAAUCACAUGCAGCAGCCAAUAGUUUUACAAAAUAGAUAUUGUUUAUUCAAAAAAUAAUAUAAAAACAUUCAUUUUCUAAAUACCCUCCACUUCACCCUACCCCUAACCUCAAAUAUUAAGUGGCAAGAAAGUUAAACUAUAUUUUAACAUAAAUAAUAUGUAUCGAAAUACGAAUUAAUUUAAUAAUAAAAAUAAAUUAAAAUAAAAAAGAAAUUAAAAAAUAAUCAAUAAUAUAACAAACUCUGUCUUACCGACCGAUGCUGUUAAAAAAAUCAAAGAAUUCUACUUUAUCGACGAUACACAAUGCUACUACACAACAACACAAAAUAAAUUAAGCUUACAAUUUUCAUUGAAAGAUCGCGUAAGUGUGAAUUGAUGAAAAACUAUAUACUGUAUAUACUGUCUGUAAAUACUUCAACUUUCAAUGGUCGUGUUAAAUGUAAUAAUGAUACCAUCAUAGUACACCUCUCACUCAUCGUGACGCCGCGUACUGCUGUGUGUGGUGUUUGGUUAAAAAUUCGAAUAUAUUGAACUUUGUACAUUAUUAGGUUGAUAUCUAAGUGCCAUUAUACGAAGAAAGAAGAGUGUUACAACAAGUAUUUGUAUUGUGUCGAGCAGUGAAAAACGCUCGACGAUCAAAGUUGAAAGGGAUGCUACCAAAAUGUACCUGGAUCAUUGUUAAUCUUUUCAUAUGCGCCAUAGCAACUUCAUAUGGCGAUCAUGCGAAACCAACCAUAGAAUUAACGGAACUUGGUUACGAGGAUACUUGCAAUGAUACUUCUACUGCCGAAUGGUCAUUCAUCAAUUCGUUCAAAAAUCAAACAAUUUAUACGAUAUGGGUUGAAAAACAAAUACAAUAUGGAAACUACAAAAAAAGUCAAAAAGAAGAAAUAGUCAGUAUUUCGGAAAUAAUAUCGGAAAAUCCUUCACUUGCUUACAAAUAUAAUAUUAUUGAAAAACCUGGCGAUGCUUUACUAGAUGAACAAGAUUUCAAAGAGCUAGUGCAGUUUUCUAGUAGUGCUGAAGUUUUACGAUCAUCCGUUAAAUAUAUUGAUAAAACAAAGAAUUAUACGAGAGAAGAUGUUGACCGAUUACUAUCGCAUAACGGACUUGAGAAAGAUAAAUAUGAUGCAUGGAAAUCUUGGCACGAAGGAUUGAAACCACUCGUUGGAAACUUUUCCAAGAUUUUACAUCUCGUUGAUAAAGCUGCAAAAGCGAAUGGUAUCAAUAGUGCUGUAGAAUAUUGGGAAAUGUUAUCAGGAUAUCCAGAAGGUUACGAACAAAUCAAAUCGCAAUGGAACGGAAUUUUGAAUCUUCAUAAAAAUAUUUUAGAAUUUUCUCGAAAUCAUUUGUCACAAAAGUAUGGAAUUAAUUUAACCGAUACCAUACCAGCUCAUUUACUUGGAUCGUUGCAAGGAUACGAAUGGAGUACUUUUUCGUUAGAUGUAUCACCAUAUUCGGAAAUAACAUUUGAUAUAAGAAAAAAUUUAUGGAGAAAAAAACUAUUAGGAAAAUCAUUAUAUAAAGCGGCAUCUAAUAUGGGUAGUAUAUUAUUAGGUCAAGUACCGCAAUCUACUUUUUGGAAAAGAAGUCUAUUUUAUCAGCAUUGUCCGCCUAAGCUAAUAAACUUUUGUAAAUAUGGGAUUACACAAAUAUCCACUUGUUUCGAGCCAACUAUCGCAAAUUAUAUUUUAACCCAUAAAAAUAUCGGUAAAGUUUUGUUUCAACAAAUGUCUGUUGAAAGUACUCCAAUUCUCAACACGGCUAACAGAUAUUCUGCUUUGGAAGAAGCCAUAUCCGAAUUGUUUGGAAUUUUAUCUGCUAGUCCUGUAUGGUUACAACGUAAUCACUUAAUUUAUAACGUAAGCGAUUCAGACCAAAAAAUAGUUUCUUUGAUGAUUACCGCAUUAGAUCUUUUGCCACGAUUAGCAUACUAUAUAUCUGCAGAUUUAUGGAGAAUCAAUGCUAUAGAAAAGAAUAUUACAGAUUCAGCGGAAUUAAUAAAAACUUGGUGGGAAUAUAGGUCAGAAUAUGAAGGAAUUAGUAAACCCGAAUCUGCUGAUGUGCCAACAUUUUUAAACGAUGAAUAUAUUACAAGUAAUAAACCAUAUCUUUCUAAAUUUGUUGGAAUACUUCUUGGAUUUCAAAUUUAUGAAGAUAUUAUGAAAUCAACUGAAGUUAGAUACGAUAUUAGUACAAAAAAAGUCUAUUCAAAUUUAAUAAAAGUAAUUCAUAAAGGAUCGGCAGAAAGUUGGAUGGAUGCGUUGGACAAAGUUCUUGAAAUAGACGAUAUAUCGAAAUAUUCUCUUACGUCCUUUUUCUCACCGUUAGAAAGUUUUAUCGAAGAAAUGAACGAGGAAGAAAAUGAUCAUAAUUUGAAGUCCAAUGGCGAAGCUGAACUCGAAAAAGUAGAACGAAUGAUUAUCGAAGAAAUGAAUGCACCAACCACAACGCCGACUAGUACUACAACGACAAAGAAAAUCCAAACGACUACGUUAUCAAUAAAGAAGAAAUACGUAACGGAUAAAUCAAAUGAUUUGUCAAAAUCUAAGGAACCUUUAGAUUCUGAUUUAUCUUCUAACAUUCAAGCUGAUAAACCAAAAAGUGAUACGGAUUCUGUAACCGUAAAUCCUUUUGAAAAAUCAUUUGACUUUAGUGAUUUAGAAAACGAAGAAGAAAAAAAACCAAAGACGCAUACCAGCAAAGCAGUAUGGAUUGUUGCAGCUGUUCUCAUCGGAACUAUUAUUAUUUGUAUUAUUGCGAUAUUUGGUAGACAAAAAUGUCGCAAAACAUCCAAAAAUAGGCGCUACGUUUAAUAAUAUUAGAACAUUUGUUUUCUUUUCUCGCAUUUAGCAUGUAAGUAUCUUUUUAAUCACGUAUAAUUUAUUUCUCAUAAAAAAGAAAAGAAAAGAAAAAAAUCUAUUCGCUUUUAUAGAUUGAAUUUUUAACUUUUGAAUAAUUUCGUACGCAAACACAUUCCUCAAUUGUUAUUUUUUUUUGUUUUUUUUUUGGGUGUUUU